ACCUGAGGCGCUCCACAGCGAAUCGAGCCGAACGUUCGUUUUCGGCGUUUGGAAGACACAGGGGCAUUAUGGAAGUUGUAGGCGAGCUUUAGCAACCGGCUAACAACUAACUUCUCAGCCGCUGCUCCUACCCUGAUUACUGUUGCCUACAACUUCAGAAUGCUAAACGGGCUGUGUGUUGAUGGCGGAGAGCAAUGACUGAGGAGUUUGACGAAGAUGUGGUGUUUGAGAACUCUCCUCUUUUCCAGUAUCUGCAGGAUCUAGGGCACACAGACUUUGAGGCAUGUCCGACGGCAUCACAGGAGGAGGAAUAUGGCGAGCAAGAGGGAGACCUCACCUCUCCCGGUGAAGACCCACAGAAAACCUCAGGCUUGUGGAGACUGGCUGAGGCCUUAUGGAGAUGGAGCCCGUUUCACCAGGCGGCAGCAUCUCGCAAGCUGGACCAGAAGCUGGACUGCAUGUUCGGCCAGUACUCGGUCAGGUGCAUUCUGGACCAGGACGUGCUGCUGCAGGAGGACGUGGAGCUGAUCGAGCUCUUAGACCCAAGUCUGCUAACCCUCGGCUCCUCGCCCUCUGGCUCGCCUCGCAGGGCGAACACCUUGCCUAGACCGAGCCUCAUCGCCAAGCCCUCCCUAUGGGACAUGGCCGGGCUGGUCGGCCUGGCCUCAGUGCUGCUGGGCUCUGCUCCGUGUCUGGGGGCCUCCCUGCUGGGCUGGGUGGGACUGAGGAUGGUCACGUUGUGGAGACAGGGCCGUAUGCAGAGAGCCGUCCACACCAGGGCCACCCAGCUCCAGACUCUGGUUCACAACGGCAAGACCCUGACGGGGCUGUCCCGAAAAGCCCUGCGUCUGGUGCAGGAGACUGAAGUCAUCUCCAGAGGUUUCACCCUGGUGAGUGCGGCCAGCUCCUUUAGCAGGGCGGGGCCGGGGGCGGGGCCACGUGGCCAGCAGCUCAUCGGACUGAGGAAGGCCUUGUACCGGGCGCUGCGUUCAGGCUUCAGGGCGUCGCGUAGGGCCACCUGUCACAUGCUGAAGGCGUUCCCUCUGAACUCUGAGAUCGAUAAUGUGACCAACUACGUGUCCGCGGUGCCUCUGAAGGAGCUGGGGCUCGGCCUGGGUAUCGAACACCUGGGAGACGAGCAGGCCCAGGAGCUUACGGACGACUAUAGCCUGCCUGCCUUGAAGAUGCUGUUCCAGCUGUGGGUCGGUCAAAGCUCCGAAUGUUUCCGUCGGCUGGCCCUUCUCCUCUCUCCGAGCCGAGUAGAGGAGUCUGAGGAAGUCAGACCUACAGAAGACGCCUCCUCUCCUCUUCCUCCUCCUCCUCCUCCGCUCUACCGGGCCAUCUCCGCCGUGACCGAGCCCCUCCAUCACGCUCUGGCGAGCUGUCUCGGCGAAGUGCAGCGCAGCUUCGACUUUCACAGACACUUUGAGACCCAGCCGAGGACCACGGGCUGCGACAGGACAGGGCGAGCCAGGGAGAAAUGCCGAGAGCUCAACACCCUCCACACCUCCAUCCGAAGCCUGCAGCUGCACCUGAAGGCGCUGCUCAGCGAGAUGAUCAUCCUGGAGGACGACCUGGAGAAGCUAAUGGUGUCCAAGGAGCUGACGGAGUUGACACUGGAGGGCUACCAGGACUUGAGCGACCGGCUCCACCAGCUGCAGCCACACAUGCAGGCUAGCACUGGCUGCUGGGAGGACACCAUCAGUCAGGUGGAGCGCAUGCUGAGACGAGCCAACGCCUGUACAGCCAGUGCUGAGGGUCUGGAGCAGUGCAGUCCUCCUCCACCUGAGGUUCCCGAUCCUCCUCCAUCCUACCCCCUGAUCCUGGACAGAAACCCGGUGCCGGAGGAGCUGGAGUGGGAGGCCUACGUGUCUGACUCGGACUCUGAUGGCGAAGGCAGAGGGUCAUGGUCUGACAUGUUGUCACCGGAGGAGCGGGAGCGGCAGCGGCGGGAGAGGGAGGAGUCCCGUCGCGUCCUGUCUGAGCUGAAAGCUGUCCUGGGCUUCCGUGCGUCAGAGGGGGAGAGGAUGAAGAGGAAGCAGCUGCUCUUCAGCGACCAAGCCGCCUUGGGGCCUUCGGUUCACACAGAGGGUUCAGAUGCUUCCACACAGCCGUCAGACAAUCCGACAUCUGUGGGCACAGGAGAACCUGCCAUCGAUGGAGGAAACCACCUAUCAGAGCGCUCUGCAGGAAAUGAAGGGAAGGAGCAGGAAGGAAGACAUGAUGGGGUGAGGCCUAACCCCUCCACCGACCCCGUGACAGAGUUCAGCUGCGGUGUGGAGCAAUCGGAGAUGGGAGGAACGUCUGUCUGCAGCAGAGGAGGAGGAGGAGCAUCAGAGCUGCACCAGUAUGAUGGUGUCCUGGAGGAGGGGGAGGGGCAGAACGGCCUGGACUGCUUCCUGAAGCCUAAAGUCCCCGCCGUCUCUGUGAUGGACAGACUGACGGAGAUCCACGGCUCUGAGGCGCUCAGCUUCAGCUCCGCCCUCGCCGCUCAGGUGGCUACUCGCUCGCACUCCCUCAUCAGCAUGGAGGAGCAGACGUUCGGAGACGAUGAAGACGAGGAGGAGGAAGAGGGGGACGUCGAAGAGGGCAGAGACAGACAAAACCCAGAGAAGGACUAGACAUGAAACCGCUUUAACCGAGCACUAAGCAGAGACAGUGUUUAUGUCGGUGUUACAUUGCAGAAAAUCCAGCCCACGACACUCUCUGUCACUCAUCCGUCCACAUUACUGUACAUUACUGUACAUUACCCACAAUUCUUACUGCUCUGUUUGCUGUUAAAACUCAGGUACCAGAACCACUAAAACAACAUGAAGACCUUACAGUGUUGAGGUUGGGAGACCCGGUGUCAUCCACACUCUGAAACGUGAUCACAGUCGCUCUGUAGAUGUGGAAGAAACUUCUGAUUGUAUGAGAAGAAAAACGGUUUUAGUUGCACAUUUUUUAACUUUAAAUCAGAACUGCACGGUGUGUUCAGGCAGAAAACCCCCCACAGUCAUCUGAUUUUAUUCAUUUAUAAUAAUAACACGAAAAAUGUUAUAAAAUUGGAUAAAAUUUGAAAAAAUGGAUUCAUAAUAUAAAGAAUAACAGGCGACCUGCAGGCUGAAAGGCUGCAGACAGCUUCCUUUAGUUCUCUUCCUCCUUUCCUGUCUCCUCUCACUUGUUCUCAUCCAAUAAAGAUUCAGAACUCCCUAAAAAUUGCAAAGUCUGGACCCAAAUACAGGACGCUGGAGACAGAUAAGUAUCUAAAAACACUGGGAGGCAUAACAACAGCUGAACACAGUUAACAGACGAAGGAAUCACUUUAGUUCAAACUAAAAGUGGACUCUGUUUCAUUUCUAUGUUCUCAGGGUUUCCUACGGAAGAUUGUUCUCGCAACUGAAAAAAAAUAAAUACAUUUUGCCAUUAGUCGACUUAAAAAUGUAAACGUCUGAGAUAAUAACCAUUUUUUUCAGUGGCAUACAAAAGCUUCCACAGAUUUUAAACCAAACUCUGAACAUAACCUGAUCCAGCAUAAGUUGCGAUGGUGAUUCAACCAGGUAAAAAGAGGCCUUCAGCCUGCUCUGUAGUAAACCCUUCUGGGCCUGAGACACAAACAGAAAGACGAAACUGAGAGAGGAGCAGAUAAGGAAACACUGGGGGAACUAUACUCACAAGUAGUAAACUCAAACCAGGAAUUCAACACUAACACCAACUUAAAUAAAACAAAAAAGUACUGCAGGCUCUACACGCUCAGCCAGUUUACAAACAUGAAUCCAAAUGUUUUUAAUACACAUCAGGAAAUCAGAGCCUUAAUGUUUCAGGGAGUAAAAUACACACAGUGAAAUCUGUCCAGGAGUGAUUUUCUGUCUGAACACACACACACACCGUGGAGCUGAAGGUCGAAUCAGCUGAUUUUUUUACGGAUCCGUGUGUGAGACAGCUCUGCGGGAAAAGGAAGUGAAGCUAUUUUUACAAUCAGCGCUUUUAUUUUUGUCCUCGUGGGGGCUUCUGCGCCCCUGA